UUUUUUUUUUUUUUGGCUUCUACGCUUGAUACCAUUUUGAAGCAGUUGUAUUGCGGCUUUAUUAUCUGACACGACUAAUUCCGGAGCAGAUGUGCUACUUUCCUUCGUCUUGUCUGCUUUUCCUACAUUUGUCGUACCUCAUCCAAACAGGAUUGGAUGAGAUUAUAUCCUGUGUUAACCUUGAUCUUGACUUGUAGCUGUACUUUGGUACCUGGCAGUCUCUGUGGGAGUAAGGGUUGUUUACGAUAUAUUCCCCUAUACAGGCUUUGGCACUUUCGCAUCUGGGGUGGCAAUCUGCGGGACUUUUGGAGAGGGUUGGACUUUUGAAUAUAUCUAUCUUUAUAUAUAGUACUCGUUCUAGAGUUGAUGCUCUGGGUAUGAAUGCAUAGAUGCUAGGUAGACAGAAAAAGACGUCAUCGGAAACGACUGCCCCACGUGCCAGAUCACCGCAAAGCCAAACCAUGUGGUCUUGGCAACUCUGCCUGCCUCUUUUCUCUCUUUCUUCCCCUCCAUCUCUCUCUUUACCAGUCACAACAUAUAGCAACUUAGCGAAGAAUCUUUGGUUGUUUUUCCGCUUUGGGCCUGACACGGUAUCCUGCUCUGUGCGAUCGGAUGAUCUCCUGCUAAACCGUAUCUGUUGUACGUACCGUGCCACACACAUACCCACCAUCGCCCUCGGGUUCCUGCUAUCAGGAGACUGAGACAUAAUCUCAGCUGACUCGAAUCUUGGACCGGCUGAGGUAGGCCUUGUCGUCGUGGGUAUUGGAUCGGGUUCUUCGGAAAGGAUUAAAUACUGGAG